ACGUAGAUUGUAUGCCAUGCCAAAUUUAUGAAAAUGUCUUAUUUUUCAAAUAUUUAGUCUAGACUGGUGUUCACAGUCUGCUCCUGCUUCCAGUACAUUGUGAGACUGAAGAGUUUGGGCACUUUCGGGAGUGGCUAGCUGCGAGUUUGCCAAAGUGACAGCUGAGCUCAAGCCGCUCUCCCAAAAUAGUUUGCUUGGACGGUAUUUCAGGGAAGUUUCUACCAAGGAAACACAAUGGAGACAACCCCUCCUGUAACACAGCAGAUCGGAAGAAAUCUGCAUGAAAACCGAUGCAAGUCAGUUGAUAUCGACGUGUCAGACGUACAAGACUGCAAUGUUUUUGAUCGACAGGGAAAUCGACUUUCCUUUAGAUCUUUGUAUGAGGAAAAGAAAGCCAUCAUUGUUUUGGUUAGGCAUUUCUUGUGCUACACUUGUAAAGAAUACGUGGAAGAUCUGGCUAAAAUACCCAAGAGUUUCCUAUCACAUGCUGAUGCUAGAUUGAUUGUUAUUGGGCAAUCUUCGCACCAUCAUAUUGAUGCCUUUUGCCAACUGACCGGGUAUCCACAUGAAAUGUACGUUGACCCUGAAAAAGAAGUAUAUAAAAAGCUUGGAAUGAAUAGAGGGGAUACAUUUAUAAAAGCAGCAGGUCAUAGUCUUCAUGUGAAAUCAAAUAUGUUUACUGGAAGUUUGAAAAGCAUAUGGCGAGCAAUGACCAGCACUGUAUUUGAUUUUCAAGGGGACCCAAAUCAGCAAGGAGGAGCUUUGAUUAUAGGACCUGGUGCUGAAGUUCACUUUGCUCAUUUCGACAUGAACAGGCUUGAUCACAUGCCAAUAAACUGGCUUUUGGAGCAGGCAGGAGUGCAAACGGUGGAUUUUGCAGAUCAGCCCAUCAUUCAUGUCUAAAACCUGGACAGAAAUGUAGUCAAAAAAAGUGUAAAACAGUUUGUAAAUUUGUUAUGUUUUUCAAUCCCAGAACCUGCUUUGACAAGGGUCAUGAUGUUUUGCUCCAAGUACAUUAUAAUUUGUUUGUUCUUGAACUCUUUGAGACGUUUACCAUAGUAAAGUGCAACGAAGCAUAGUAAAAGCAUGGUAAAGUAUAUUUAUGCAUUGUAAAGCCCAGCGAGGCGUUAAGGCAUAUUUAAAACCACGGGAGACUGUAGUAAAAGGGGGGGGGAGGGGGAAUAUGGAAAAGCAUAGGAAAAGUGCAGUUACAGGUCAAUAUCACUGUGGUAAAUGUUAUAAGGGAAGUGAAAUAUACAACACUUUAAAGUGUAGUAAAACAUGCACUACUGUUUGUGAGGAUGUACAAAAAAAGCAAAACACUUGUGUUAUUGUUUAUCUUUGAUUUCUGCCACAACCUAAUUACAAUGUUUCUCUUAAAGAGACAGUCAAAUCAGACUUUCCUGGACACUCUGAGCUGGUAUUAUACUUUAUCCUAGUAUUUCCCAUAAUCCCCUUUUUUUUCUUUUUCUUUUUUUUUUUAAAGCCAGUGGGAGUUGUUUGGGGAAAUAUCAGAAGAAGGUAUAAAUAAUUUAGGCAAACCCGUUAGUAAAUUAGCAGUGUGUGUAAAAAAAAAUACAUGGAGGCACUAUGAAUACUCUAGAUGUCAUCUUUGUUCAAACUAAUGAGAACACUGACUAAAAGUUAUAAAUGCUUAUAUCUAUUUAGUAAAAUCUACCCAUAAGUUGUUCUUUUAAUAUUUUAUAAUUGAAUGUCUGGUCUGAUGAAUUAGAUUACAGUACAUUCUUAACACAACUUUGUCUAUCUCAUUCCUUAUGCCCUUCUUCAUUUGAUCCAAAAAAAAAAAAAAAAAAAAAGCAUCAGAUCCAAAAUCAACAUAUCACACAAUGAGAGUUUAUUCAUACUUGCAAGUUCACUGCUCUAUAACAGCAAUUAAACCUCUAAUUUCCAAGAUGACUUACUUACAAUAAAAAAUACAAUACUGGUACUGGUACAACCCACUUAUCAGGUAGUUUAAGGCACCUUUUAUGGUUGUUAGAUUUCCUUUAUGGUCCAUCUUAAUAGGCCUUUUGUCAACUCACCGGGUAUCCGCAUGUGUGUUAUUGCUUAACUAAUAAACAAGUCUAAGAAUAUCAUUUUUUACAACUGAAAGAGUAUUACUUAAGCCAAUAUAUGCUAAAAAGUGGUAUCCUGUAUUAUUAAAUAGAAAAAAAAUAAUGUGUAUUUCACUGCCAAAGAGGAUGCAGUUUGUCUGAGGAUGGUUUUAAUUAGGAAUGCAUACUCUGCCUAAAGGUUUGAUAAGUGAGAUGAUUUAGACAUUGUGACAUUUACCUUCGCCUGCAUUCAACUACAGAAUAUAUUGCUGCCUUGCAAUCUGCCCAGUUGCAAACUUGUAGAGUACAGAGUCUUGGUUAAUUGUAACCUUGGUUACUGAGCAUGCUGUUGUUCUUCAUAAUAGUUGUUUACAAACAAAGCUAAAAUUACUCUUUAGGUAGAAGCACAUAGCAGAACUCUUCUUUCUGCUGUAACAGAGCGCCACUGCUUUAUCCCUAAUAAGAAACAAAUUAUGUUUCUACUAUAUCACUUGUGAAAUUGUGCAUUUAGUCUAAAACUGUACUGAAUCAAAGUCAGCACUCUCACUGUAGUUCAUUGAAAUAGUACUGUCUGUUUUAAUGUUGUUUAAUGUGAUCAUAUGAAAAUGAUUUUCAACUGCAAAUGUUUUUGUUUUUAAUAUUUAAAGCUGUAUUUAUAAAAAAAAAAAAAAUCUUUGCUGGUAUACCAGCAAAUAUUGCAACUUGGAAUUGGACUCUUGAUCUUUAUUUAAUUAUUUCUACUUGUAAAUACUGUACAAUGAAACAUUGCUCUCCCCUAAUUAGUUACCCAUUUAGAUACUCUUAGAACUAUAAUGUGGGUUUUACAGUAGAUUACAACAUGUAUAAAAUGAAUAGAGCAAAGUACAGAGAAGUUCUUGAGGAACUUCUCUGUACUUGCCCUCUGCAAGAAAGCUGAA